GUAAAGUGGAAGUUUUACUCAGUCAGGUGUAGCCCUGGGGUCUGUAAUCUCUGUUGCUGUCAAUGGUGAAAACUGCAGAGGUGCGUAGGUUCAUGAUAAACAAUGUGUUUGGGGGUGUUGGAGGGUGAAAGGUGAUCUUGAACACGUGGGAAUGCGGAGCAGUAUGUUCAGCCGAGAUCUUAUCGCAUGGAGGAGCAGGCCAGAGGGGCAGUAUGAGCAAGAAGUGUUAAAUGUUAAACCCUUGUUUACCAGGAACCAGUGUGUUCCAAGCGGCAGGCACUCUGUCCACCUUCCCCAUUCUCCUCCAGGCUGCCACUCUUCACCCAGCUGUGAACAGGCAGCCACAGGGAACAGCAAGGGAGCAUUGCUGGCUCAGUAGUUAGCACUGCUGCCUCACAGUGACAGGACCCGGGUUCGAUUCCACCCUCAGGCAGCCAUCUGUGUGAAGUUUGCACAUUCUCCUUGUGACUGUGUGGGUUUCCAUCCCUCCAGUCCAAGGGUAUACAGGUAAGGUGGAUUGGCCAUUGUGUACAGGGUAGUCUGGGGCAGGAUCCCAGAGAGCCCAAUUAAGGAAGUAAGAGUGGGGAUAGGAUGGGAAAUGUCCCUUUUCUGAAGGAUCAAAGAAAAUCCAAAGUCCUCAAGGUACACUAAAACGUUCCAGGAAAUGAUCAGCCCAGUCUCCAUAAAAUAUGAACAUAUAAUUUUGCGAUGGUGAUUCAGUGGCAGAGUUGGGCGAUGGUUUUAAUCUUUUUUUCCUGUUUUAGCUGAUCAAGAAUUUGAUUCUCAGGUGUUGCUGCACCAAAAACCUUCCAGACAUUGGAAGCUAAGUUCUGGAUCAGUGAUAGGUACAGAGCGAAGUCCAGCACCAUGAUAUGUUCAGUUCCCGUUCUCUGCUGUAACUGGGAUUUCAGUGAGAAAUGAAGCAAUUCUCCAGGGGCUGCCAGACAGUCUCUAGCCGCAGGGAGUGAAUCCUGACCCAGGAGCUGUAAUGGCUCAGUCUCACCGGGUGCUACUCAUCUUCCUGGCACUGCUCUCCAGCUGGGAGGUCGUAUACAGCCUGAAUUGUUCUGUAGCAGCAGUCUCCAUUCUUCCUGAGAACACUACGGCCCUGAAAGUUACCUGGACAAAUCUGACAGAAGAUUUCAAAUCGAUUCAACUGACGUUACAAAAUGUCACAAAAACAGACAACAGGACAAGCGGCGAAGUGAUAUUCGAUGGUCUUAUGAAAGGGAUGAAUGAUAGCAUUUCAAUUCACAUCAAAUACAAUAACAACACAUGCGAAGAAGUACAAAUGGGAACAACAAAGCCCUCUCCAGUCUCCAACCUCUCUGUGGUGAACAGGACAACAGAGACGCUGACAAUAAACUGGACGGAGCCUGUUGAUAAACGAGCCUCCGAAUACACGUAUGAAAUCACAGUUACAAAUGAAACUGAAUCUUUCAAUAAGACCUACUGCACCAGUCAGAAUAUUUUCCAAGUGACAGCUCUGGAACCUGGACUCAGAUAUAAUGUGACUGUGAAGGCAUGCACUCCUGAGAACAUACAGAGUGACCCUGAGACUGUGAGGGCUACCACAGAGCCCUCUCCAGUCUCCAACCUCUCUGUGGUGAACAGGACAACAGAGACGCUGACAAUAAACUGGACGGAGCCUGUUGAUAAACGAGCCUCCGAAUACACGUACGAAAUCACAGUUACAAAUGAAACUGAAUCUUUCAAUGAGACCUACUGCACCAGUCAGAAUAUUCUCCAAGUGACAGCUCUCGAACCUGGACUGAGAUAUAACCUGACUGUGAAGGCAUGCACUCCUGAGAACAUACAGAGUGACCCUGAGACUGUGAGGGCUACCACAGAGCCCUCUCCAGUCUCCAACCUCUCUGUGGUGAACAGGACAACAGAGACGCUGACAAUAAACUGGACGGAGCCUGUUGAUAAACGAGCCUCCGAAUACACGUACGAAAUCACAGUUACAAAUGAAACUGAAUCUUUCAAUGAGACCUACUGCACCAGUCAGAAUAUUCUCCAAGUGACAGCUCUCGAACCUGGACUGAGAUAUAACCUGACUGUGAAGGCAUGCACUCCUGAGAACAUACAGAGUGACCCUGAGACUGUGAGGGCUACCACAAAGCCCUCUCCAGUCUCCAACCUCUCUGUGGUGAACAGGACAACAGAGACGCUGACAAUAAACUGGACGGAGCCUGUUGAUAUACGAGUCUCCGAAUACACGUAUGAAAUCACAGUUACAAAUGAAACUGAAUCAUUCAAUAAGACCUACUGCACCAGUCAGAAUAUUUUCCAAGUGACAGCUCUGGAACCUGGACUCAGAUAUAACGUGACUGUGAAGGCAUGCACUCCUGAGAACAUACAGAGUGACCCUGAGACUGUGGGGGCUACCACAAAGCCCUCUCCAGUCUCCAACCUCUCUGUGGUGAACAGGACAACAGAGACGCUGACAAUAAACUGGACGGAGCCUGUUGAUAAACGAGCCUCCGAAUACACGUAUGAAAUCACUGUUACAAAUGAAACUGAAUCAUUCAAUAAGACCUACUGCACCAGUCAGAAUAUUCUCCAAGUGACAGCUCUGGAACCUGGACUCAGAUAUAACGUGACUGUGAAGGCAUGCACUCCUGAGAACAUACAGAGUGACCCUGAGACUGUGAGGGCUACCACAAACCCCUCUUCAGUCACUGAUCUAUCUGUGACUAACAGGACAACAGAAACCCUGACCCUGCUCUGGGCAGCACCUGAUGAUGUGAGAGCGUUAAACUACACAUACAGGGUCAGUGCUGAGUCUGUGAAUAGCAGUGCAACCAGCAUUACAUCACCUGGAGGCACAAAGUUCCAAGUGAAAUCCCUUGUACCUGGCACAUAUUAUGACAUGAAGGUGGAGUCGGUCACUCCUGAGGGCACAAGCAGCGCUCCAAAGAGGUUGAGUAUUGCCACCCUUCCUGGUCCCGUCUCCAGCCUUCAGUGCAGUGAGAUCUCAGGAUACUCAUUCCUUGUGGAAUGGAGCAGACCACGGGGUAACUGCACUGGAUUCAACAUCUCUUUGUAUGAUGGAGGCCACUUACUAACUGCUCAGACCAUCGGAAAGAAAUACGAUUUUCUGGUUGAAAACUUGCAGCCUGGACGGAAAUACACAUUCCACAUCUACACACAAACUGGCCAGUCUUACAGCGCGAGGAUAACUCAGCAAUGUUGGACCAAGUCAACCCCUAUUAUCAUUGGAGCAGUCAUAGGAUCUCUCCUGGGCUUGAUCCUUAUUGGUUUUUUGCUGUUUUUCAUCAUCACCAAGCGAGUACCAUGGGGGAAAGAAACAGAUCAUGACCUUUCACUAAUGUCUGCUACCCCUAAAGAAUUCAAACCCGUCCAUCUGAGCGAAUAUGAGAGUUACUUUCAGAGAAAGCAUGCUGACGCUGAUUUUGGAUUUGCAGAGGAAUACCAGAGUCUCAGCACCGUGGGCAUUCAUCAAACAUUAGAAGCUGCCCUGCUUGAGGACAACAAAGUAAAGAAUCGAUACACUAAUGUCCUGCCAUACGAUGCUUCCCGGGUUAAACUCGUUGCUCAGCCAGCGAACAACGCUUCAGACUACAUCAAUGCCAGCUACAUGCCAGGUUACAGGUCAGACAAAGAGUUCAUCGCUGCCCAGGGCCCAUUGCCCAACACACUGGAGGAUUUCUGGCGAAUGAUUUGGGAGCAGAGGACGGGGGUCAUUGUGAUGUUGACAAACUGCAUGGAAGGAAUUCGGGUCAAAUGUGAACGCUAUUGGCCACUGGAUUACACACCCUGUGCCUAUGGAAACAUCACAGUUACCGUCUCCUCGGAGACCAUUCUCAGCGACUGGACCAUCAGAGACUUCAGUAUCAGAAAGGCUGGAUCAUCGGAGCUACGCUCAGUCUCACAUUUCCACUUCACUGCCUGGCCAGAUCAUGGAGUUCCCAAAACAACAGAGAAACUGAUAGCCUUCCACAAAAUACUUCGUGGUCACCUGAACAGGAGUAACCAAGGUUUUCCGAUUGUACACUGCAGUGCUGGAGUUGGGCGAACAGGUACUUUAAUCGCAUUGGAUUACCUACUUCAGCAAAUGGAACAGGAAGGUCUGGUCGAUGUUUAUGGGAUUGUCCGCAAAAUGAGGCAGAACCGGCCUCUGAUGGUCCAGACAGAGCUUCAGUACAUCUUCCUGCAUCAGUGUAUGUUGGAUACAAUCCAAAUGAAGAUGGAGCCUGAAGAAGCCAUUUACGAGAAUCAGCAGGAUCUUAUCUAUGAAAAUGUUAGUGCCAUCCAUGCUGCAGAGUCACACGUAAUUUAGUUAGUUAGAACACUGUUUAUUGCUGCCAUGUUGCUAUGGUACUGCAAUGAAACGUGCCUCGAACUCCGUGUAUGUGCCUUUAUUCUAUACCCCUCACACUGGGGUCCCCCAAUGUGUGGCUCAAAUGAAUCCAGUCUUGCCAAUGGACCAUGAAUCUUUUGUAAUCACUUGUACAUCAUUGAUUCAUGCCACUGUUUGUAUCUCCACAUCAAAGUGCCUCUUUUUCUGAAAAUUAAAAUUCUCCGUGUAUCCCACUGUCUCUCCAUGUGUCCCACUGUCUCUGUGUACUUCCUUUGUCUCUAUGUGACCUUCACUGUCUCUAUACUGUUCCCACUGUUGCUCUUCACACUGUCUCCCUGUGCCCCUCUCCAUCUCUCUGUGUCACCCUCUGUGUAGCUCUGUCUCUCCAUGCCUCCCUCUAUCUCUCUGUAGCUCCCUCUCUCUGUGUGUCUCCCUCUGUCUCUCUGUGGCUAUCUCCUUCUCUCUAUGACCCCCUCUGUCUCCCUGUAUCUCCAUCUGUCUCUCUACUUCUCUCUCUCUCUCUCUCUCUCUCUCUCCAUCUCCAUCUAUCUCUCCCUGGCUCCCGUUUGUCUCUGUGUGUCCCUCUGUCUCUCUGUGCCCUCUGUCUCUGCGUGGCUCCCUCUGUGUCUCUUUGCCCUUACAUCCUGCAGAUAUUUAUAUUGCUAUCCUGUACAUUCCAAUGGUUGUUUAGAAAGAGUUUGUGCUGGCAUGAUUCGAGUUGUAUCCUCAGAAGGAAAGUGGCCUCUUGAUGUUCACAAUAGCACUUUACGUCAUUUUACUGGGAUUGCACGAUCUGUGAAUAACCCCGCUGUUUACAGCAGAGGGUGUAGACAAACAUUCACCCCCCAGACCAGCCUCCCUCACCCGCAGACAGGCAGCCAGUUUCCUCAGUUGAUCCAGAGGGUAAACGAGAGAGGCCUAAGGUAGGAGUUGAGUGGACUGGCCCAUGUUCAAAUGUCUGAAGAUUGAGAUGAAGGAACGGAGUUUAGAUCCUAAAACAAGCAAAGAACAUAACCUGAGCAGCCCCUCAAGAAGCCUUCGUAUUAAACAGUGAGACUGUUCCAUAACAUUAUGGGGAUUUCAUUGGUGCUGGAGUUGAUUUAUGUGUUAGUAACUAAUUUUGUUGUGAAUUACCCGGCAAAGGUUGAAAGUUUUGGACAUGAGGAAAGUGGUAAAAGUAAGAAAGAACAUUACUGGCAAAUGAAUAAUGAACCAGGAAUCACUGCCUACAGGAGAGGGAAAGGUGGAGGCAAUGAAGAUUUUAAAAAGGGGAAACCAAAUGGCUACUUGAGAUAAAUUAAAUUUGCAGUGUGCCAGGGACAGAGCGGGCACAUUGGCACUAACUGACAGGCUCUGGAGAGAGCUGGCAUGCACUCACAGGGCUGAAUGGCCUCCUCCUGUGCAGCGCAGGGGUUCUGUGAGGUCCUGGCCAAAAUAUUAGAUGCUUUGUGAGAAAGGUUGCUGAUUCGUUAAAGUCUGUUUUAUAUUGAGAAAUCAAGAUGAAAUUUACCCUCACUAUCCCUUCAGUGUUCCUUACUAUCCCUUCAUUGUCCCCUCAUUAUUACCCCACUCCCUGUCCCGUCACUAUCUCUCCCCCAUUCCCCCACAACAAUCCCUUUAUUGUUCUCUCAAUGGUACCUAAUAAAACUCAGGCAUCACACAGUGCUGGACUGGACUGAAUGCACUGGCACUGCACUGUACUGCACUGGCAUGGGACUGGACUGAACUGGCACUGGACUGGACUAGACUGUACUGGCACUGCACUGCACUGAACGGGACUGGACUGGUCUAUGCUGGACUAGAAUCAGCCUGCAACAGACUGUGGGAAAUGAAAGCUCUGUUAGCCUGGGCUCUCCCUGAGGUUGGGUGAGAACAGGAAGAUCACACACCCUCAGGAUCCACGAUGAAAAUCUCCAUGGCUGCCUUCCUUCACACUGCAGUGAACUGUUUAGAUUUUAGGAUUAAUUCUGUUUGAGUGCCUCUUAUAAAAGAAGGCUCUGACCAAGAGACAUCUCCAAGGCCUGGAAAACUCUCACAGGUUCAUCGGCCUAACUGUACCAAGCAUGCUCACCUCCCCAAAAACCACCCCAACAUGGCACAGGCCAAUGGCCCACAUGUUUGAUUGUAAGAAUGAUAUAAUUUUUGUACACCUCUUUCUAAUUCUGAUAUUUUAUUGGCGGAAACCAAUUUGGAAGAUAAAGAGAUGUUGCCUCACACCCACCAAACAUCAAUACAACCAUAUGUACCUGGUGCCAACCACAUCCAACACCAUCGCACUGUUCGUGUGGCUACACCCACAUCUGUUCUCUUCCAGUUUAUA